AGAAAUUCUGAAAUAGAUUUUCGCACUGAAGAUAAGGCAACGGAGGGAACACGAUUUGUGUCUUUCCAUUUUGUUUGUAAGCUCAAACAGUGGUAGGAGAUUUGAAACAAUAAACCGUUCUUGUUCGCGGCCAUAGCAACCUCAUUCAGAUCACGAGAACAUUAUUAUGGCAACUAUGUUCUCUAAACCUGCUUGCACAAGAAUAGCUCAGGACAACGUUGUUUCUUCUCUGGUGAGGAAGAAGGAGCGUGCUCAUCUCCUUCUAUGUUCUUCCAGAAUUAGAGCUUGCCACUCUAUGGCUAACAACAAAGAUAUCUACAACCAAGUAGGUUUAUUUUCACUGAAAAGGAAAAUCGAAGAUGCAGUUCUUCGUGCUGAAAUGUUCACAUCAACAGCCUUGGAAAUGGAAGAAGCAAGCCGGACUAAGCAUGAAGAAAUGGUGCGUGAUUUUGAUCUGUGGGAUAAUCCAUCUAAGUCCAACGACAUUCUUGUCAAGUUGGCUAACAGUGCCAAAGUGAUUGAUUCUCUUAAGGACUUAAGAUACAAGGUAGAGGAAGCAAAGCUGAUCAAGCAGCUGGCUGAGAUGAAUGCUAUUGAUUAUGGGCUGUAUAAACAAGCAUAUGACGCAUCUUUGGAUGUGAGCAAGAUUCUGGAUCAGUAUGAGAUGUCUAAGCUUCUUAAGGGACCAUUUGAUGUGGCAGGAGCAUGCUUGAUCAUAAAAGCUAGUCCUGAUGGCAUCUUUCCAAAGGUCUGGGCAGAGCAGCUCCUGAACAUGUAUCGUAGAUGGGCCAAAAGACAAGGUUAUGAAGGAAGGAUUGUUGACAGGUGUUCGUUCAAGAACGGGGGAAUUAACUCAGCAACUAUAGAGUUUGAAUUUGAGUGUGCUUAUGGCUAUCUUUCAGGGGAAAGAGGAGUUCACAGUCUCUUAAGGGGUUCUCCAAAUGAAUCUUCUCACCUUGAGGCUAGUGCAGCAAUGGUAGAUGUUAUCCCCAUGUUCCUUGAGAAUGCUUUUGAUCUAGAAAUUGAUUCUGAGGAUUUGAUUAUCUCACCUCCCUUAGUUCAUGGAAAACAGAAGAGACAAUCCAAUCUUACAGUUUGCAUUCAGCAUCUACCUACUGGCAUAAGUGUCCAAUCCUCUGGUGAGAGAAGCAACUUUGCAAAUAAGAUGAAAGCACUUAACAGAUUGAAAGCUAAACUUCAAACGAUAGCAAGGGAACAAGGAGUUGCAACUGUAAAUAGUAUAAGGAAGGAUAAAAUUGUCAAUUUGUGGCAAGAAGAAACUAGGAGGUAUGUCUCUCAUACAUACAAGUUAGUACAUGAUGUAAAGACAGGCAUUGAGAUGCCAGACCUGAAUUCUGUUUUGGAUGGGAAUAUUGGACCCCUUAUUUCAGCACAUAUUAACUCCAGAGAGCCAUGCCAUCAGGUGUGAAUCCAUGUUGGCAUGUUCAUUAGCCUAUCUUGUUCUUUUCAGGAUUUACUUCAAUUCUUUGGUGCCGUUAGUAUUAUAAUCCAAUUCAGCCUGGUUAGACAGAUUUGAGGUGUUGAAUUUCAACAGCAUUAUAUUCUAAAAACACUUAUGUUUCA